GAGUGGACGCACCUAACUUAUUUCUCAAGCACUUUACCCAAACCUCGUGGACUUGUGUAUUUAUUGUGAUUUUUUAUUCAUAGUGGCUACUAUAACGGAUUUAAGAAAGACCAAGACAUUCCGUCACAUUUAUUUUCAAGGAAUGGUCUGCCACGCGACAAGAACUGCGGGACGAGUGAGCCGGCAGGGGUGGUCGACAGGUGUCAUCGAGUAAAUCCAGUGUACAACGAGGCAUCAGCUUCAAAAUUCACCUACCUCAAGCAGAUCACCGUGCAAUGCCCCGACGAUGCAUCCUAGCCUUCUCCAUCAUUUUCGUCAUUCUCAUAAUACCCAUAGUGAGGGGCUUGGAGCCAGACUUCCUGUAUCCUCUGGAGAACGUUACGAUCCCACAGGGUCGAGACGCAACAUUCACAUGCGUGGUGAACAAUCUAGGUGGAUACCGGGUGAGUCCUUCCUCGUACGGGAGUGGAGAUCCCAAUGCCGCCAAGACCCGGGUGGCGUGGAUCAAAGCGGAUACAAAAGCAAUUUUGGCGAUCCACGAACACGUUAUAACGAAUAAUGGGCGUCUUUCAGUGACCCACAAUGAUUUCAAUACAUGGACAUUGCAUAUUAAAAAUGCAGAUAGGUCGGAUCGUGGAUUGUACAUGUGUCAAGUCAAUACGGAUCCGAUGAAGAGUCAGAGUGCUUUCCUGGAAGUAGUGAUACCACCAGACAUAAUAUCAGAAGAAACAACGGGUGAUCUGAUGGUGCCAGAAGGAAGUUCGGCAAAACUAACAUGCAAAGCACGAGGCUACCCAAAGCCCGAUAUAGUAUGGCGCCGUGAAGAUCGGGGUGGUAUAAUCGCGAGGGAUGCAAACGGCGGUGCCAAGACCAGACAGACAACGGUCGAGGGAGAAACGUUGGUCUUGACAAAGGUCACAAGAAGUGAAAUGGGAACUUACAUGUGCAUAGCAAGCAACGGCGUACCACCCUCGGUCAGCAAACAGAUGAUGCUGCACGUCAACUUUCAUCCAAUGAUCCAAGCCCCAAAUCAACUGGUAGGUGCUCCAAUCGGCACUAACGUCACUCUUGUGUGCAACGUCGAGGCAUCCCCCAAAGCCAUCAAUUAUUGGACUCGUGCAUCGGGCGAGAUGAUAAUAAGCAAUCAUAAAUACUCCAUGUCCGAGGAGAAAGUCUCAGUUUACAGUGUACAAAUGCGCCUGAUUAUCCGGAAUUUACAUAAAAAUGAUUUAGGUGGAUACAAGUGUAUAUCAAAAAAUUCUAUUGGUGAGGCAGAUAGCAGCAUUGGACUCUAUGACAUGCGACUUCCGGAGCACUCAAGGAAGGCGAAUGAAGUGUCCGAUGAGGAGGAUACGAAUGAGUCACGCGAAAGCAGUGGGCAGAGGUUGAAUCGCGUUUAUCAGGGAUCCCUGAGAGAAAGUGGAUCAACCCAGCAGACAGAAAUGGGCGUCGAUGGUGCCUCUUCUGUAUCAGGGAUGGUUGAUAGUAGUGGUAGAUCGUACGUGCCACUGUGUUUCCUUCUAAUCGUCUCCAUCGUCUACACCUUCGAGAAAUGUGGGUGACUAUUUUUCUCGUGUACAAAGCCAAGUUACAUUACGUGGGACACUGACACGAUGUUCAAGUAAUGAUUGUUGAGAAGAAAAAAAAGUGCCAAAAAAAAAAAUUGCAUAUAGAAUAUUGUUUUGUGAGGUAAGGGUUUUCCGAUGAACCCACGAGGCACGUAAAAGAUGAGAAUCUAGGUAAAAAUGAAAAUGGCUGUAGACGUCAAUCUUGUGUGAUGUGUCAACCUCGUACAAGAAAACUCUGUUGUUUUUAUGCUUAGUCACGGCUGUACAUAAUAUAAUAUUAUUCAAACACGCGACGAAACUCGACGCGAUUCGACGCGCAGAAUGCGAAAAAUUAUUCCACACACGAUGGGGAUGAAAUUCCUGUUAACUUAUAUUUUUAUUUAUACCUCAGUCUUUUAAUUGGACAUCCGAUCAUUAAACCAUCCGGCCAUUAAAGCAUUCCUCAUUCGAUGAUUACGCGAGAUCUGUAAAUAUAAAAUCCCAACAUUUUUUUUUUUCCUAUUAUUUCAUUCGCUUCAGCCAAAUACUCACAUAUAACGUAAAGUUAGAAUGCUUAAAUUGAAAAUUACUAUUGCGCUGAGAGUAAUUAACGUCCGAUGUACACACACGCACACAAUGACGCUUCAUAUGUAAAUAUAUUUGCUGUUCAAAAUUUAGAGAGUGGCACUUGACGUUAUAUACAUUUUUUUAAUUUUUUAUGGCUCUCAAUUACGUUUACCGUUGAUUAUACCUACACAAUUCCCCACAAGUCAGAUAAUUAAUUAACAGUAUGAGCAGAAGUUGUAAUGAGGAGUAACUUACUUUAUUAUUCUUACCCCAACUGGGGUUGCCUCGCAGCACAAUUAUUAAUUGACCAUAAUCCAGGGAGGGAAUGUGCGGAUGUAACGUCAUCAGUAUCACGUCGAUAAUACGAAUAAAAAUCUUUCGAGGAGCAUGAGUAUAGGAAGUUAAAGAGUGCGUGUUCAGAAUGUUUUUAUAACUGAAUUAUUUCGUGGUAAUUCAUUUGGUUCAGUUAACAUUGAUCUCAUUAAUUCUCCACUCUGUCAAUUGUUCCGUUGUAAUACUUAAAAAUAUACCAGACGUUCUUAUACGACCGGAAAUAAAUGGUAACGGGAUGAGCACACAUGAAAAAUAUCAAGAGAUGAUGCAAAUAUAUUUAUGUGUAGAGUUGUGUAAUGUAUAAAGUAUGAAAACAAAAUGAUAACUAUAUAACUAAAAAAACGAUCAACGAUGGAACGAACGAGUUUGUUAAUUCACUUGCAAAUCAGAGUGGAAGAAUAUAGAAAAAUAUAAUUGAUGAACGAGUGAUUUCAAUGGGGGCAUCAACUUUCAAACACUGCCACUGAGGAAGAAAAAAAAAAAGAGCCAUUGUCGAGUGAAUUAAAUUAUUUUUACGCUGUUGUUUAUAAAACACAAAUUGUCGAGCGAUUGUGUUAUUCGCUUCUCUUUUCCACCGAUUACGUCAUGACAAUAAUCAUAUUUAUUUACCAUUUUAUUGAAUGAAUUUGUAUUAUUCAUGGGAUUAUUUGUAUGUACAAUGAGGAUGAUUAUUGAAUUAUCAAAAAAUAAUGGUUAGUUGUAGAAACUUAGAGGUGUAUGUGAAAUGUAUGUACGGAAUUGCUCAUAUAUGUAACAAGGUUGAAUUUAUUUUCCAUAAAAUGCCGUCGCUAUGAAAAGAGAAAGAUGCUGCAGCGCUCCAGUUCCACUUGUAAUCACUCCAAUGCAGAAUAACGGUCAACAUAUUAUUUCAUAAUGGAAAUAUAUCGGUAAUGAUAUCAAUUGGCAAAUAGAAAUAUUUUGGCCGAAUC